AACGCCUCGAAACUUGUUUCCGUUCUUUUAAACCUUGAUCGGGUAUUUAUAAAAUUGAUGAAUGAUUAUUAAAGAUCACUUGUUUCAUAUUCUUCAUGCCAGUGCUAUGUAGAAAAUAGACAUGCAAAUGGCCUGAGUUGGUUGGUUUAGGAGUAUUGUGGGUGUAUUUAAUGAAGGUUCUAGUGAUUGUAAUUCUGCUUAUUAUUUGCAAUUUGCAUGAUUCAGAGCAUUCUCAUCCGAGUCUCUAUCUUCAUCUAUAUAUAUUUAAAUAAAAAACACAUAACGUUUGUUUAGUUCUAAAAAACCUCUCAUAACCGAUUCUCUGACUUUAUCUCUGUCUUACUCACAAACACUUAUUUUAUUGUCUUGUCUCGGUUUUUACACUCACAAAGUUAUAUAAAUUGUUGAAUAGUCACCCUCUAAAUAUAGAGGGUCACUUUUGUUUUUAUAAAUUUUUUCUAUAUUGUAAAGAUUCCAACGGAGGGAUGUUUUAGUUGUUAAUUUUAUAGAGAGUGGGUUUUAGAGGCUCCAAUAUGAGUGCUCUCAUGUUAUAUAUAUAAAUUUUUUGUUUGCUUACAACUUUACAUAUUGUUCUUGUGCACAAGCUAACAUCGAUUGUACAUGCACAUAUUCAUAUACACAUGGUUGGUAAGUAAGAAUAUGUAAUGAGAUCCGUACCACAACACAAGCGGGACCCACGAAACAGACGUUUGAAGUAUCCUACGUUUUAAAGGUGCUCAACGUCUACUGAAUCACGCGACAUGCCAGAUGGCGGGCCUUGUAUCAUGGGGGUGUUAGGAUUUUUAAGAAAAGAAGAGUAUGAUUAUUCCCGUAUAAUACCCCCAUACUCAUAAUUCUUUGGCGCAGGAAUCCCAUUGGAUGAUCAUCCCACAUUCCAUUCCGAUUCCGAUUCCGGUCCACUACCACCACACAUUCACCACAGACAUUGUUGCUUUUCAUUCCACGUGGCAUUUGCCCAGUCCAUUCCAUCCCAUGACAUCCCAUUAGUUCAUUGCGCAAGGGUUUGCUUUCAUCUAUAUGGAAGAUGAAAGAGACGCUGGAGACGCAAUUCGUGCACUUGACCGUUAUGAAUUUGGCAGGAAGGGACGCCGACUUCGUGUUGAGUGGACUAAGCAAGAACGCAAUGUCAGAGAACCUGUAAGCUCUAAAAGGUCUUCAUCUAAUUCGAGGCCCUCAAAAACGUUGUUUGUUAUCAAUUUCGAUCCGUAUAACACUAGAACAAGGGAUUUGGAGCGACACUUUGACCCUUAUGGUAAGAUUUUGAACAUAAGGAUCAGGAGGAAUUUUGCUUUUAUUCAGUAUGAGCUACAAGAGGAUGCCACCAAAGCUCUUGAAUCUACUAAUAUGAGCAAGCUGAUGGAUCGGGUUAUAUCGGUUGAAUACGCAAUCAAAGAUGACGAUGACAGAAAGAACGGGAGUAGCCCUGGAGGUCAUGACAGGUCUCCCCGUAGGAGAAGCGAUGACAGGGGAAGGUCGCAAAGUCCAUAUAGGAGAGAGAGAGGAAGUCCUGAUUACGGGCGUGGACGUGACCGGGGCAGCCCAGAUUAUGGGCGUGGACGAGGGCGUAGCCCGAGCCCACACCGCAGGGACCGUGGCAGCCCUGUUUAUGACCGUGGUUCUAGCCUUGGUGCUAAUGGAAAGGGUAGGGCCCGCAACGCUGAUUAUCGACGUGAUGCCAGCCCGAGUCCUCGUAGGGAGAGGGAAAGAACCAGAAGUCCUCGUGGGUCCAACCCAAAGGAAAGGACUAGCCCGGAAUAUGAACAUGGUGCAAUUGUGAGCCCUCAAAGUGAAGGUCGGGUUAGCCCUAAUGACUAUCCUCGUGAACCGAGCCCUGAUCCUAAACCAGAUACUCAUGACAGUCCGGGUUAUAAUAGUGGAGCUGAAAGCCCACCCGAGCGUUACCGCAGUAGGUCGCCAGAAGCAAGGGAGAGAUCGCGAUCGUGAUUGGCCAGUAGUUAGCCGAAAUGAUAUGAUGGAUGUUGGUAAUUGCAGUUGUGUUACAGUGUAAGUUGUGGUAGGCUUUAAGUUUGAAAUUUAUUGCAAAACACAAAAAUGUAAUGGAUUUUCUUCUCAUGUUGUUAAUUGUACUGAAGCUGCUGACACUCGUAAUCUUGAUUUUCAUUGACUUUGCUGUUUUGUA